AUGGCAUCUUCCUCGAAGAGUUCUGCUGGUAGUGCUUCAGAGAAAGCACCGGAAGGCAAUGAAGUCAUGGGUGCCCAAGUCAUUGCGGAAGCAUUGAAGAAACAGGGCGUUGAAUACAUGUUUGGCGUGGUUGGUAUUCCAAUAAUCGAAGUGGCGUUUGCUGCUCAACAAUCUCAAAUAAAAUAUAUUGGAAUGCGUAAUGAACAAGCUGCAUCGUACGCCGCAUCAGCUAUUGGUUAUUUGACGGGAAAACCAGCAGUAUGUUUAACAGUAUCAGGGCCUGGUCUUGUUCAUGCGCUUGGUGGUAUGGCAAAUGCUCAAGUAAAUAAAUGGCCAAUGAUAGUUUUAGCUGGUUCCUCGGAUCAGCCACUAGAAUCGAUGGGUGCAUUUCAAGAAUUUCCACAAGUUGAAGCAGCACGACUCUAUUCAAAAUAUGCUGCUCGUAUUUCAUCACUUGAACGAGUCCCAUUCUUUGUCGAAAAGGCUAUUCGUUCUUCGAUUUAUUCACCAUCAGGUGUAAGUUAUCUUGAUAUUCCCGGUGACAUUGUUACUUCAUCGAUAAAUACCAAUCAAGUGGAGCAAGUCAAAACAUUGAAAAAACCUCCAAAACCUGCAGCUAGUGUUGAAUCACUUGGUGAAUUUUUCAAUUUACUUAAGCAAAGUCAAAAACCACUUGUAAUAGUUGGAAAAGGUUGUUCAUAUGGAUUUGCUGAAGAACAAGCCAAGCAAUUUAUUGAACAAUUUAAUUUGCCUUUUCUUGCAACACCUAUGGGUAAAGGAACAUUAGAUGAUCGUCAUCCAUUGUCGGUCGGUGCCGCACGUUCAACUGCAUUGCAAGAGGCCGAUUGCAUUAUUUUACUUGGCGCACGUCUUAACUGGAUGCUGCAUUUUGGAAAACAACCUCGUUUUAAUCCCAAUGUUAAAAUAAUUCAAAUUGAAAAUGAUACAAAUGAAUUACACAAUAAUGUUCAAAGUGAAUUGGCGAUUCAAGCUGAUCUUAAAACAGUAUUAAAACAAUUGAAUGAAAAUGAAACAAAAUGGAAAUAUGAUGCAGCAACACAAUGGUGGAGUUUACUUAGAAAAAAAUUAAUUUCAAAUAAACAACGUAGUGAUGCUCUUAUCCAUUCGAAAGAAAGCUCGAUGCUUAAUUAUUAUGCAGCAUUUGAUGCAAUUCAAUCAAUUAUUCCAAAGGAUGCAAUCAUAGUAAGCGAAGGUGCUAAUACCAUGGAUAUUGGAAGAACGAUGUUAUUGAAUUCAAAAGCUCGCCAUCGACUAGAUGCUGGAACAUUUGGUACAAUGGGUGUUGGUCCAGGUUUCGCCGUAGCAGCAGCUAUCUAUUGUCAAGAUCAUGAACCUGAAAAACGUGUGAUAUGUGUUGAAGGUGAUAGUGCUUUUGGUUUUAGUGGUCUUGAAUUUGAAACAGCGGCUCGUUAUAGUCUUCCAAUCGUAUUUAUCAUAAUCAAUAAUGGUGGUAUUUAUACUGGUGUCGAUUCAGAUUCAUUUCAAGAGAUGGCUAAAAAAGAUUCUACUUUAAAUUUACCACCAACAUCAUUAACGCAAGCAAAUUACGAACGGAUAGCUGGAGCUUUUGGUUGCCAAGGUUAUUUGGCAUGUUCAAUAGAAGAAGUAAAAAAAAGUGUGCAAUCAGCAUUAGCUGAAAAAACCCGCCCAUCAAUUAUCAAUGUUAUAAUUGACCCAUCAUCGGGUCGUGUUCAACAAGAACAUGUGUAUUUACUCUUACAGAACUUUCGAAAACGUGUUUUUCAUCCGCUUAUUAGUCGUUGUGUAGCUAAUAAGAAAGAUGAACAACAAACUAGUCUUUUGCACGAACAGAAUAAAAAAACAGAAACGCCUGUUCGAAAUGAAGAUUUCCAAGUUACUGGUUUUGUAAUUGAUUCACAAAACUAUUUAUAUCAUUAUUGGCUAGCAAUUAUUUCACUUGCUGUUGCCUAUAAUAUUUUGUUGAUACCAGCUCGAUACUCAUUUAAACAAUUAGAUAAAAACUUAAGAAUUGUUUGGAUAUCAUUAGAUUACAGUUUUGACAUAAUCUAUUUGAUUGAUAUUUUUAUGCAGUCGAGAACAGGCUAUUUUAGUCAUGGUUUAUUUGUUCGUAAUCAUUAUGUUUUGUCACGUAAUUAUUUUACAUCGCGGCAAUUUUACUCACGCGAUCUUUUGUCAAUUAUUCCAACUGACUUUUUAUAUUUAAUACCAUAUUUUCGUUUUAUUUCUAUAAUACGUUGCAAUCGAUUUUUACGUAUUAAUCGUCUCUUUGAAUUUCAAGAUUUAACGGAAUCGCGUACAAGAUUUCCCAAUGCAUUUCGAAUUUUGUGUCUUAUAUGUUUAACUCUUACACUAAUUCAUUGGAAUAGUUGCGCUUAUCUUCUUAUUUGUCAAUAUUUGGGUUUUGGUACUGAUCGAUGGGUAUUACCUGCAGCAGCAAAAAAUGAAACAGUUGCAAUGCUUUAUACAUAUUGUUUUUAUUGGUCAACACUUUUAUUAAGUACUAUCGGUGAUGUUCCAUUGCCUGUAAAAAGAAUUGAAUAUAUAUUUGUUUUGCUUGAUUUUAUGAUUGGUAUUCUAAUAUUUGCUACUAUUAUUGGAAGUCUUGGUACAAUGAUAUCAUCACAAAAUCAAUCAAGACAACAAGUCUGUGAAAAAAUGGACGAAAUCAAACGCUAUAUGAAAUUUCGUUCAGUUAAUCGAAAACUUGAACAAAAAGUUAUAAAAUGGCUUGAUUAUCUGUAUACAAAUCGACAAGUAUUAAAUGAAGAAAUGGUUUUAAAUUCUGAUUUAAGUGUUGAAUUACGUAAAGAUCUUGCUAUUAAAGUACAUUUAGAAUCAUUAAAACAAGUUACAUUAUUUCAUGAUUGUGAACCAAAUUUACUUAUUGAGCUUGUCACAAAAUUGAAACCAAUAUUUUUUGGUCCAGGUGAUUAUGUUUGUCGAAAAGGUGAUAUCGGUAAAGAAAUGUAUAUUAUUAAACGUGGUCAAUUAGCUGUCGUAAGUGACGAUGGAAAAAUAACAUUUGUUGUAUUAAAAGAAGGUUCUGUAUUUGGUGAAAUAUCGAUUUUAAAUAUACCUGGUUCAAAAAACGGAAAUCGUCGUACAGCGAACGUUAAGUCUUUAGGUUAUUCAGAUUUAUAUACGCUAACAAAAGAAGAUUUAUGGCUUGUACUUGAUAAUUAUCCUGAAUCCUUAUCAAAAUUAAUUGAAAAAGGUAAAUCAAUAUUACGUAAAGAUAAUCUUCUUGAUGAAACGCUAACCGAUUCAAAACGAUACGUUGAACAAGAACAAUUGUUAAGUAUACAAAAUCGUAUUAAAAAAUUAGUUGAUACAGAAAAUACACUGAACAAUCGUCAAACAAUAUUUUUCGAUGCAUAUGUUGAGUCAAUACGACAGUUUAAAAAAAAACUAUCGAAGAUAGAGUAUCAAUGCGGAGCAAGACAACCAAGUAUAUGUGUACCAAAGAACGUACCGCAGUCAGCACCAGUACUGCCAUUCCUUUUAAAUCAAUGGAAAGCGAAUACUACAGCUAAAUUACUUAAAUUUAGUAGUAGACAAUCUAUGGAUACGGAUGAUUAA